UAAAGAGUCCGUCCCAUUCUGCUGCCACAUCGGAAAACCCAGCGUGUUACUGUGCGUGUGCGCGCGUGUAUGUGUGUGUGUGGCUGCAGCUGAACCGUCCGGAGGUUCUGGAGGUGGGCGGAGACUAGAGCCCUAGAGGUCCUCCCCCCCCUCCACCUCACCCCUCCUCGUCCGCAGCGAACGCACCGUGCAUUUUUUCGGACUCGUCCGAGGAGGAAGCAUCAUGGCAACGACUACUUGUACGCGCUUCACGGAUGAAUACCAGCUGUACGAGGAGCUUGGCAAGGGGGCCUUUUCAGUGGUGCGGCGCUGUGUCAAACUCUGCACGGGCCAAGAGUACGCCGCCAAAAUCAUCAACACCAAAAAGCUGUCGGCCAGAGAUCAUCAGAAGCUGGAGAGAGAAGCUCGGAUCUGCAGAUUACUCAAACACCCGAACAUCGUUCGUCUCCAUGACAGUAUCUCAGAGGAGGGCUUCCACUAUCUCCUGUUUGACCUGGUGACAGGAGGGGAGCUGUUUGAGGAUAUUGUGGCUCGAGAGUACUACAGUGAAGCAGAUGCCAGUCACUGUAUCCAUCAGAUUCUAGACAGUGUGUCUUACACCCACCAACAUGACAUAGUGCACAGAGACCUCAAGCCAGAAAACCUGCUGCUGGCCAGCAAGUGUAAGAACGCAGCGGUGAAGCUGGCCGACUUUGGACUGGCCAUCGAGGUUCAAGGAGACCAGCAGGCUUGGUUUGGCUUUGCAGGGACUCCGGGCUACUUGUCCCCAGAGGUGCUGAGGAAGGAGGCGUACGGUAAACCUGUAGACAUCUGGGCAUGCGGUGUGAUCCUCUACAUCCUCCUGGUUGGAUACCCUCCGUUCUGGGACGAGGACCAGCACAAACUCUACCAGCAGAUCAAAGCCGGAGCAUACGACUUCCCCUCCCCGGAGUGGGACACGGUGACUCCGGAGGCUAAAAAUCUGAUCAACCAGAUGCUGACUAUCAACCCAGCCAAGAGAAUCACAGCCCAGGAGGCUCUGAAGCACCCAUGGGUCUGCCAACGCUCAACGGUGGCCUCCAUGAUGCACAGACAGGAGACAGUCGAGUGCCUGAAGAAGUUUAACGCCAGGAGGAAACUCAAGGGUGCCAUUUUGACCACCAUGCUCGUCUCCAGGAACUUCUCUGUGGGUCGACAGACUACAGCGCCGGCCUCCGUCAGCGCCGUGGCUGGAACCACCGCCGGCAUCGUGGAGCAAGCCAAGAGUCUCCUCAACAAGAAGGCUGAUGUCAAGCCCCAGACAAACAGCACGAGAAACAGCAUAGUCACCAGCCCCAAAGGCAACAUCCCCUCUGCUGCGCUGGAGCCUCAGACUACUGUUAUCCAUAAUCCAGUAGAUGGGAUCAAGGAAUCAUCUGACAGCAGCAACACCACUAUUGAGGAUGAAGAUGUGAAAGCUCGCAAACAGGAGAUCAUAAAGAUCACAGAGCAGCUGAUCGAAGCUGUCAACAAUGGAGACUUUGAGGCCUACGCGAAGAUCUGCGACCCCGGUCUGACCUCGUUUGAGCCGGAGGGGCUGGGUAAUCUGGUGGAGGGAAUGGACUUCCAUCGAUUUUAUUUUGACAAUCUCCUCUCCAAGAACAGCAAACCCAUCCACACCACCAUCCUCAACCCUCAUGUGCACAUGAUCGGGGAUGACGCCGCGUGCAUUGCCUACAUCCGCCUGACGCAGUUUGUGGACGGGCAGGGACGUCCCCGCUCCAGCCAAUCAGAAGAGACCAGAGUAUGGCACCGCAGGGAAAGCCGGUGGCAAAACGUCCACUUCCACUGCUCAGGAGCUCCCGCUGCCCCGCUGCAGGGAUGAGGUAUAUCAGCCUGGUGAAGGAUCUUGUGGAUAAUCUAAGAGAGCGAAUCGGCGCCGAGAGAGAGGUCCAGGUGGAUGGAGGGUGGCUUAAAGGAGUCUGAGGAGUCGCCCUGCACACCCACCUCGCUCUUCUUUCUCUCUCUUUUUGUCUCUCUACAACCUCAAAACACAAACAGUAACGCCGACGCUCCCAUCGCCAAAACCCCACCCGCGCUACAGCAGAGGGCGACUCAGCCAAAAAAUAAAGAAAGGAAACUCUUUAACCCGCAGCAACACACCUGGACAACACCUGUCCUCGUCUCCUUGAUUCUGUGGCAAAGCCUCCAGCGUGGCGCUCUCCUUUUCCUCCUCCUCAAGCAUAAAGUUACUUACUUCUAGUAUUACUAUGGCUGCAGUCUGUUGUUGUGCUCUUUCACCUGUACAGUAUAUUUCUUAGUCCUUUUAAACCUCCUCUUCUGGUAUCUUCUUUUUUAAUGACGAGCAUGACUCUUACCUGUGUUCCAGUGGCUGUUUCCUUUCUGCACGACUAAGGCUGCCUGUGUGAAACGAACAAACAGUACCACGAGUCUCGCAGAGACGGCGGUGGGUGUAUUUAAUCAUCCCUUUUGUUUUGAUAUUCAAUGCAGCUUUUUGUUUUUGUUGUUGUCCCCCCCCCUCCACUCGCCUCGCCUCUUUCUCUGGAGUGCAGUUGACCCCGAACCGACGCCUCCGUUUUGUUCGCCGGACCCGUCUGAGCCACUCAGUGAAAACCAUGCAAGCAUGCUAAGAUAUUACUGUCGUUACCUGAUUCUCUAUGUACUGAACAUUGCAAGUUAACUACUGGAGUUAUGACAAUGGUUGAAAUUAUAGUAUCAUGCUGUUUAUGUAAAUUUCCAGUUUCGUCGUGGUGACUUAACUACAAAUAUGCUGUAGCUGGUAUUUAAUUGCAUGAUAUUCCAAGUUAAUAACGUCGGUACGUUGGGUGUUAUCGUGCAUCUCUUUUUUGUUUUUGGACUGAACUGUUGGUGAGCUAUAAUCUAUUGCCUCUAUUUUCUGGGCUUUGUAAGUGCAUAAACUUUAAAUUCUUUUGUGUUACUAUGAUAGUGUAGUGUGUGAGGAUCAUGACAGAAUAUGCCUUUUGAAGAAAACUGCUGGAUCCAGAUCAGUUUUAGGCUCUUUAACGUAUUAAAGACAGAAAUCCAAGAACAUAUUUAAUAUUUUAUUGUUUUUAGAAUCGAUCGGACUGAAGAAAAUGUCAGAUUUUUAUUUUUUGCUCCACAUUAAAAUACAGAAAUCUAAACAAGUAAACAAGUAAACAAGGCACUGAUAUUGGGGACAUAUAUUUAUUUAUUUGGUUCAACAUACAUGUCGAAACAAGCAUCUCCAAAACAGCUUUGUGAUAAUUCACAGACCUGUCCUCAAGAGGGCGCCAACAUCUAACCACAGAGAAUUACUGUAACUCUGAGUCAACAAUAUACGAUCAUUGAGGUGGUUCCAUUCAGGAUUCAACAAUAAAUAAUGUCUGUAUGCAUGCAUACAUACGCUGGUGUUUUUAGAGUUUGUCAUGGUAGUAAAUGGAGAGCCUGAUAUUUUCUGAGUAUACAGUGAAUAAAGUUUGAAACGAGGAAAAUAAACAAAAGAAAGUUGAACUAUUUUUGGACUUUGCAAAUUGAGCCAAAAGCAUCUUUAAAUACUUCAAGUUUGACUCACUGUCAGAGUUUAUUUUGAACAUUUGUACAAUGAAACUCAAAUCGGGCUUGAAGCCAAAACCAACAGUCCUCCUCCCUGUCCAGUCUAAAGCCUGACAGCAUCCGGGCUUUAACAGGAUUACUAUGAAGUAAUCGUCCCCUUUGGCAAACACUCUUUAUUCCAUUGAUUAGGAUUUGGCCGCGGUGUCACGUUAACCCUCAUGAUCAGCAGACGACUGAGUAAUAGUAAGAGAACGUGAGUGUAUGUACAAGCUUUCUUUUUUUAAAUCUAUCAUACAGGUACUGACAGUGAUGAUGAUGAUGAUGAUGAUGAUGAUGAUGAUGAUGAUGAUGAUUCCUCUGGUGUGCAUUCCAAGUCUUAUCAAUAUUAAAAUGUGAUCAGAUGUAAUCAGUGUGUGAACCAAUAAAAUGACAAUGCAGAGAGCAAC